CCCAUGUUCAGUUUUCAUUGGUGCUCUCCUCCCUGCACCCUGCACCUGAAAUGCUGCAUUGCAGGAGGGAAGCGCAUGAAGCACGUGCUUCAGGACAGACAAGGAGGCCUUCAAAGCAUGUUCAGGAGCUACUUCUCAAAUGUUUGUCAUUUGCAGGCAACUGAGACAAAGAGAGAAAGAUACCAGCACCACAGCACACAUCCUCUGCAAAACCCAAGCAGCAGAAGCAGGCUUCUGACAUUAAAAGAUAGCAUCCCUUUCAGCCCUGUGCUGCUCUCUAAGACAGUAAUGUCCUCCUCAUCCUCUUCAUCGUUGGAGAUGGAGAUCUUCCAGUAUAUUGAUGCACAUCAAAAGGAUUUCAUCAAGGAUCUGACGGAAUGGGUGGCUGUGGAAAGCGACUCUGUUCAACCACAUCUGAGGAAAGAAGUAAUGCGAAUGAUGGCACUGGCAGCAGACAGACUUGCAGCACUGGGAGCCACCGUGGAUUUAGUAAACUUGGGGUCACAUCAGCUGCCUGAUGGCCAAGUCCUCCCACUGCCUUCUGUGAUUCUUGGGGAGCUGGGGAAGGAUCCACAAAACCCCACUGUCUGUUUCUACGGUCAUGUGGAUGUGCAGCCUGCCAAGAAGGAAGAUGGCUGGAACACUGACCCCUACACACUGACUGAAAUUGAUGGAAACCUCUAUGGGCGUGGAGCAACAGACAAUAAGGGACCAGUCCUAGCUUGGAUAAAUGCAGUGGAAACACUUAAAGCCUUGAAAUUAGUUAUGCCAGUGAACUUCAAGUUUGUAAUUGAAGGCAUGGAAGAAGCAGGAUCCUUGGGGCUGGAGAAGCUACUUGAGGAAGAAAACCAGAGCUUCUUCUCUGAUGUUGAUUAUAUUGUAAUUUCAGACAACCUGUGGCUCAGCAACACGAAGCCUGCCCUUACCUAUGGGAGUCGGGGAAAUGCCUGCUUCUUUGUGGAGGUUGAAUGUGGCAGCAAGGACCUUCACUCUGGAACUUUUGGAGGCAUCAUUCACGAGCCGCUGCUGGACCUGAUAGCGCUGCUGGACAGCCUUGUGGAUUCCACAGGUCAUAUUCAGAUCCCUGGAAUUUAUGACAAUGUUGCUGCCCUGACGGAGGAGGAAAGGAAAUUAUAUGAAUCGAUUGAAUUUGAUAUAGAGGAACACAGAAAUAACUGUGGUGUGAAAAAAUUCCUCUAUGGCACCAAGGAAGAAAUACUUCAACACCUGUGGCGUUACCCCUCUCUCUCUAUUCAUGGGAUUGAAGGAGCUUUCCAUGAACCAGGCAUUAAAACAGUAAUUCCAGCAAAAGUAAUUGGCAAAUUCUCAAUCCGUCAGGUCCCCCACAUGGACCUUUCAGUUGUGGAAAAACAGGUGGUGGAACACUUGGAGGGUGUCUUUUCCAAGAGGAACAGUCCAAACAGACUGAAAGUGUCCAUGCCUUUGGGUGCAAAGCCCUGGCUUGCUGAUGUUAAUGAUCUACUAUAUAAAGCAGGAAGAAUGGCAAUAAAAACAGUUUUUGGAGAAGAUCCAGAUUUCAUUCGUGAUGGCUCAACAAUUCCUGUUGCCAGAAUGUUCCAGACUGUAACACAGAAAAGUGUGAUGAUGCUUCCGAUUGGAGCAGCCGAUGACGGGGAGCAUUCCCAGAAUGAGAAAAUAAGCAGCCUCAAUGCUGCUGGCUACAGGUAAUACCAGUUUGGGGAAGUAAACCUGGAAAAGGUUUUCUGAAGUAAAUCCAGAGGAGCACCAAAUUGAAGGAUGUCCAACAUUUCUGUGCAUUGGGUAAUUUUGGGGGGUUACCAAUCUUGCAAAUUCUUCUAAAGGCCCACAUAACUUCACUGUACUAUGUUCCUUAUUUUGAGAGCAGUUCAGCCUGACAAGACUUCAUUGUAUUUCUUCCCUUCUUCACAGACACAACUAUAUUGAAGGAACCAAAUUAUUUGCAGCUUUUUUCCUGGAGAUAUCAAAGCUACAUCGGAACUUACAUGAAACUUCCCACACAGAGACUAUCAACUGACAGACCAUAUCAAGAAAAUCAGCAAAGCACUUUAUUAAACUUUCUAACUUAUAUAAAACAUACAAAUCACAUAUUUAGUGGCUGUGAAUUGGUGGGGAAAAAAAUAAAUGUGCAAUUCCUGGCAUACUUCUAAAUGGCAUGCAUUUGUGAUAUGGUCCAUCAAGCCCCAAUGCUGUAAAAUAGAUUUAGGGAUAAUUCAUUCUUCCUGAAUGGAACAUGUUACAUUUUAGUUUUAAAUUUCAGGACAAAGGGAACUUAUACAUCCAUUUUAUCAAAAUUACUUUUUUUCUGUUUUAUAGUAUCACUCUUCAUGCUGCCUGGCUCACAUUCCAGUUUCUGAAUAUGAGCAAUACAUGCUGUAGUUUUCACCUAACUAUAUACAAAAUUAUACUUACAUAAUUCUUUGAAGAAAGAUCUACUAUCUCUUUCCUUGUCCUUCACAGAAGGUUUUAAAUAGGAGGUGCAAUGAAAUAUUCUUGUUGAGUUUGAUGUGAAGACUUGCAAAUUGAUAUCUAUUUAUGGGUAUAAUCACUGGGGUAAGUAGAACUGCAACAAUAAAUAAACAUUUUCAGGUCUGGAUUCUGCCUUCCCUCUGAUCCAAAUCACCUCUUACUGUGCUGUGCAGUUUUAAGAAUCACUUAAUAAUGUUUUCUUCAUGUGACUUUCUUUCCAUACAAUAGAAAGAACUUUUUGUAAACAUCUUUUCUGGCCAAAAUUUGUCAUCAGAAGGGGUUUUUUUCCACCCCAUUAGCAACUGGUUUUUAAUUACUUUUAAAGCAUCAGUUUACAUUAGUAAUUAAGUCAAAGGCAAAUGAUAUAUUUUGAAAUAAAAACAGAUUAGUUGAGAGCUCUGUUUGCUAUUUAGGCAAAACACCCAGCACAAACCUCACAAUUCAGAUCUAGAUUUUUUUAAACUAUAAAAUGUGAUUUUUACUCUAACAUAAUUAAUUAACACACAACAAAACCAACUGAACCAGUAGUGUUACCCCUACUGUUAAAAAAAAAAAUAAAAUUAAUUAAAUUACAGAAAGCACUUGGGAUCCUUUGUCUUUCCUGUUACCUCCCUGCAAAAAUCUGCAAGAACAAAGAUGUGGAUGCAGAGUCAAUAGAAGGGAUUACUCAUACAUUCUCAAUAAACACCCAUUUUCAGUCCUAUUUGAGAGUGUGAGGCUCACAGUUCAGCUGCAAGAGCUGAGCGAGGAUUCUGGCUCUGGCUGCUGACGGUGUUCGAGGGGAAAAGGAGGACUCAGGUCAGUCUCUUAUUUGGCACUGCUGACUGCAGAACUGCAGCGUACUCCAGGACAAGGACCAAAAGCCUCAAAGACCAGAAGACUCUGGUUUGCAAAUCAUCAACUUGCAGAAUGAUUCUCUGUGAUCUCUCAGUUCCCUUCACCUGUUGAAAGCUUUUAGGAGGCAGCAUGGUAAUGAAUGUUACAGGGGUGAAUACUCCAGUGUCUGCCCAGGACUCAGGACAGUUGGUCCAUGCUUAAAAGCUAUCACACCACAGGGGUAUAUGAGGGAAUUUUGCUGAAAUAUUUCAAGACAUAUAAGUGGCACCAAACAUUGCAGUCUCUGCGUUUGCAGUGGUUUUACAAGUUACAGAAUCACACAGACUCACAGAACAUGCCAAGUUAGAAGAGACCCACAAGGAUCGAGACAAAGAUUUAGCUUAAAAUAUAAUGGAAAGAAACUUCUGCUUAUAAAUAUGACCUUUUUGACAGAGAAAUUGAAAAGUUGGUAAGAUGGAGGUGGCAGACUUCUUCAUGAAAGAGAGGUGGAGACUGUGUUUUAGGAAUAUGACUGCUCUGAGAUACCACUAUAGUAUCUGUGGUCUGUGUGUUCUACAACAUUAUGAAGUUGGAAUGGAAGAUGGACUUAUGUAUUUUUACUGUUGCUCUUUGGAAUGACAAAAAAAAUAGAGUCAAAAAGAGCAUAAUUUUAUAAGCACAGACACUCUCAGAACAGGGCACUGAAAUACGGUUCUGCUCUGAAAUAGCCACUUACUGUCAAAUUAAAACAAUGUGAGGGAAACAGUGGGGCCACUGAAUUAUGCAGACCAUCUCCACGCCUCCUUCAGUCCCAGAGGAGAGAAAGAGCAUAAAACUUCAAUUUCAGAUUCUCCUGUCCAGGAAAGAAAGAAAGCAACUCUCAUCUACAGGGAUAUUGAGAGGUACUCUUUCCUUCUUAGAUUAAGAAUAAGUAUCCACCUUGUCUUUCCUGGUUUUUAAUUUUUUUAAUAUAUUGUGCAGAAUCUCAUUAACCUUGUGAAAAAAGAAACUGUGCAUUUUUCUAAGGUCUGUAGAGUUAUACAAUAUUUCUAGAAAUGUUUCUUUGUGGUUACACUAACAGCUAUUUGUUGCCACAAUAAGUUAAAGAUAACUCUACAAUACUAGUGUUAAAAAUAGGAUUAAUGUUUGCUUCUAUUUGUUAACCUUAUCCUAGGUGUGCCAUAUCCUAUGUCAGAGCAUAUUAGAUAUUCUCAAUUUGUGACCAACUAAGUACAGAAACCAUAUGUACAAUCUGUGUGUCUACAUAUGCAUUUAUGUAGCUGUAUAUGUACACUUGCAAGAUCUAAUCCAGUCAUUGAUUUAAGAAAGGAAAAAAAAAUCUUGUCCAUUCUCAUUCAGACUUUUUCUUAUUAAUGACUGAAUAAUGGGAAAAUAAUGUUGUGGGGGUGUCCAAAAGCAGCAUCUACAUCUCUGAAAGCUUGACACAGAUAUCAAGACCUGAAUCAUAGGAUAAUAAUAAAAGGAUUUAGGUUGGAAGGGACCUUAAGGAUCAUAGAAUCAUUGAAUUGUUUGGGCUGAAAGAGACCUUUGGAAACCAUGUAGUCCAAGCCCACUGCAAUGAGCAGGAUCAAGUAGAUGAGGCUGCUCAGAGCACCAUCCAAGCCGACCUUGAAUGCGUCCAGGGAUGGUGCAUCCAACCACCUCUCCAGGCAACCUGUGCCAGUGUUUCACAGACCCCAGAGCACACCUGCCUAUGCACAGCUGGUGAAGUUCUCCCUGUCUCCCUGGUAGAGGAAGACUCAUCCCAAGUUUUCCUUUUUCUUGUAGGCUGUACAUCCGUGUUGUAGGGAAUUGAACACUCAAGAAUGGGAUCAUAUUUUUUCUACUGAUUAUUAAUGUGAAAGAAUAAGUUAGAACAUUUUAAUUUCCAUUUAAGAUCAGUGGGUUUAAGUGUGAAAGUUGGUUUCUUUUCUUUUAUAUUAGACAAACACAGUUUUUCAUCCAUAAGUAAUGUUUCAAAAGAGAAGACUGAAAAGUGUGUCAGCUAAAAUCAUGGAGAAUAAGAUGCUGACAACAGGAGCUGAAGACAUAGAGAGAUGAGCAGUCUUCUGAGACUGAGAACUAAUCAGCUCAUUGUCUCCUUAGCCUGUGAAAGUGGAAAUUUGGCUUAUUCACAUAGUUACGGUUUUCCUUUUCAGUCACACUACUCCCAAGAAGUUUAGCUUUGAUUCCUGCUAGUCAUUCCUUUCAGAACACAGCACUUGGCUUGUUUCACAAAAUAUUCUAAAAUGCCUUCUAGUUAAGGAUGUUCAUAGUCCAUGUUUGGACAGGGAAGAUUGUGCAACUGUGCCUUUACCUGUGACACAGAGGCCCAUGGCACAGUGGCUGGUGCCAGUGAGGACCCAUGAGCUCCCUUGUUUCUGUUGGAACAUUACAGCUGCAAGUAACAUGUAAAGUUAAAUACUUAUUGUUCCAAGGUGAAGCUUAACUGAUUUUCAAGUUUAUACUUUGUAUCGCAGAAUAUCUAGAAUUGGAAGGGACCUUAUCGAGUCCAACUCCACACAUGUCUGUAUUUGGAGCUGCAGGCACAUCUUGUCCUUUAGGAGGUGUGUCAUUAAAUAUUUUAAACAAAUAUAUGAAUAGAAAAACAUGAAUAGUUUCUUGUUAACACAGUGCAGAUUUGUCUACUCUGUUCUACUGCCAAAUAUUUCAGUGAUCUCGCAUUCUUCAGAACAGUGUAUGAAGAGCACUUCCACAUUGCAGGUAAUUUUGACAAAUAUAUGGCAAAGGUUUUUCUGCAUUGCUGCUACAUUAGAUUACAUAAAACCAGGCAUGGAAAUUCAAAAUUAUCUGCUAACAACACAAGUAUGGUGGUAUGCAAUUUUGAAACCUCUUUUGCUAUUUUUUUAGGUAUGAACUUGAAACAGUGUAAGUCUUCUUCCUGAAGUCACUGAGAAGUCAUUUUGACAUUUCCAGUACUUUGUAAGGAGGGGUUGCAGAAUAAAGAUAUAAGCAACUUUUCUUCGAAAUUUUGCUACUCCAUGAAAAACCAGCAGUGGUUAAGGAACCCUUAUUGGUUGAUGUUGAUAACCUGAUAUCCCCCAUACACCAUGGUGUCCUUUGGAGGGCCUGCCAGCAACGUUCUACCUAUGAGAUCUUCAUCGAGUCAGGGGGUUAUUUCCUCUAAACAAAUCUGAUGGGAAAUCCCAUGACUCAGAGUUGGUAAGCAGUAUUAUGGUGACUGCCUUUAUGCUGCUGAAUGUCUGACUUCUGGCAGCAGUAAUCACAAAGCUGUGUGUGUUUUCUGUACAGGAGCAAACACAGAAUAUUAAGUAGGAAAAGUAGGGAGAGUUUUAAGUUACACAGCUAAGGAAAUAGCAGGUACUACUCUUGGAAUGAGUAACAUUUCUAGUGAAAUCAGUAUUUUGGUGUAGUAGAAAUACAGCAAAUGCAGAAUCAUUCCUAGUGUCAUAUUCUGUUGAAAACGAAAUACAGUCUAUGUUUACAAUCCAUUGAUAAUCUAUUAACUAAUUAAAUCUUUGUUAAUUACUCAUUGACUUAUUCAGCUGCAUUCUAACACACUUUUAUGAGCAUAACUAUUUCAGAGCAUAGAACCACUUCUCAGCACAACUUUAGAAUUCUGUAUAUACCUCAGCCAGAACAUUAGAUGUAGCGAUGUCUGUAAACAUUUAAUAAACAAAUAAAGCCUAUAAUUACAAAAUAAAAUUAAUUACUUUUGAUACAGGUAUGCUUUUUUCCUUAGAUUAUUAGUGAUUCUGCCUUAGUUGCUACUUGUCCCAUACCAAUGGCUCCCUCUUCAGGCUAUUCCUAAAAUAUGCUGCCUCUAUUGAUGUUGUUAGAAGUAUUUGAAGAUUUCAACUUGCAUGGUCAUGUCUUCUUCAGUAUGUUUCCUCUCAGCAAGAAAAUAAUGAACAAUUAAUGGACCAGGCAGACUCAUUUGGUGUUACUUGAAGCCCAGACCUACAAAUUUUUUAAGGCGUAUGAAAGAAAUUUGUUAACUGCAGAGAAACUGAACUUAAAGGACAUAAGAAGGAUGUUUUACCUCUUUUCCCCAUACUGAAAAAUAU